GAAAACCUAAUAAUUCGUUUUCAGAUCCUUAGAUCUAACAUCAUAAUUCAUAAUAGUAUAUAAGAAAAAUCGUGAAUGAAGUUGUGAUGAAUAUAAAUUAACCUCAAGGUAUUGGAUUCUAUCAAUAAAAGCAUCAGUUGUUUAUCGGCCUUACUAAUCAGGUUUUUUUCUUCAAAUAUUAUCAAUAUUUCAUAACAUUACGAUAUCUACUUCAAUUGGCAAUCAGUCUACAGCUCUAUAAUGCCAUCUCAUAGGAACCUUGGACGACCGAGAAAGUAUGCUAAUGCUGAGGAAGCUAGAAAAGCGAAUAAUAUCAACAAUCGCCUUCGUGCAAGAAAGAAAAAACUUCAAUCCUCAGAUUCAAAUGAGUUUGUUGUAUAUCAAUCCUCUUCUUUUACCAAUAUCUUUGCAAAUAAUUCUUCUCCAUAUAUUCGCCCGAGCACUGGACUCCUAAUGGCAAUUCCAUUAUCUCAAGAUCAAAUCCUCGAAGCUGAAAAUGUUUGUGAGAGUAAUGGUUUAGAGAGCUUGCAACCCGCUCUCCCAGCACAGAGUCAAUCACCCUCGAUCCACAACUAUAAAGAGAUCGAUAUCCAAAAGAACGAAAUGAACAAUCAAGAGAUCAAUCUUGCAGAAGAGGAAUGUGAUACAAAUAUUGCAAAGAUUCUGAUGGAAUUGCAGUCAGCUCAUACAACCUGCACAAUGAAGGGGCCGGAAACGAGUGUAGUAUCAAAGUAAAUGAUACUGUAUCAAGCUGUAGAUACCAAAUCCAGUUGUGGAUACCAAAUCAGAAUCGCGCUAAACCUUAUUGGCAUUUUUUCAUCGAGUUUUUCUUUUAAUGUAUACAUUAAACCAAUCCUAAGAUUAUUUUCAUUAUAUCGACUGCAACAAUGGAUUCAAAUUCAAUCAAGAAAAGUCGUGGCAGACCACGAAAAUUUACACAAGAAGAAGCUGCAGCUUCUAAAAGAAACAGCAAUCGAUAUGCUCAACAACGGCGGCGUCACCCACGCAUUGCUGCCGGUCCAUCCGAUUUCAUUGCUUACGAACCCCCUCUAUCAGAUGUACCAGUCAAUACACCUCCUAGCGGACUUCGACUCAGCCCUGAUAUCCCAAUACCUUUAGACGACGAUUCAUCAAUUGAAAAUCCUUCGAACAUACAAUCGAACCCUCCUUUAUCGACAUCCUCUCCAAUCGAAUUGACUACUGAACUUGAAGAACAAAUGAGACAUAUUCGACUUGAAGAAGAAGAAGCGGACAAAGAGCGUGUUGAAUAUGAAACUGCAAUCUCCGAAAAGAUGAAGGAAACGAGUCUUGCAAUUGAUUCAAAUGAAACAGUGAUACAAUCGGUGAAUACGAUCAAUACAAUACAGGAAACAAGAGUGGGGGAUCCAAGUGAGGACCGAACAUUGGAUAAUGAUAGCACUCCUGUAUCAAAUUCCCGUCACCCAUCAGUGAGCAUUCAAGGGUCUGUAGAUAAUCCUAUACUACUAUCAAGCCCUAUUCAAUCUCGAUCACCUUCUUUCCAAUUAUUCAAUCAAAGCCGAAGUCAGCAAAGCAGUAGUACAGGAAGAAACCGAUUCUCUGUGCAAAGUAAUCUCGAGGCUUGGUUAACACCUUCACUACAUCCAACCUCUAGGAUUCAGAAUACAACUCCAACUCCAAGCUUACCACAACAUACCACAAAUACUUCGUCUUCAAGCCACUCCCCGAUUGAGAGUGUACCUUCUUCGACACCUUCCGAAUCUGUGAUACCAUCAACGCCAGCCUUUAUCAAUCCUGAAUUUGCUCCUUCUUCCGCCUCAACCGGAAGCCCCUCCCCAGCACCAUCCGCUCCCUCAACGCCCAUAAAGCGUACAGCUCUCAAAUUAGCCAAGCAACUCCGUAACUUCCAAGGCUGUACCCACGAGCAACAUGAGACGGCUGAACAACUUCACCGCGAGCAUCACCAAGAACCUGAUAUCCACUCGGAAUGUUCGUCCUUACAAGAUAUCACCACCCUCCUCAAAGGGGAUUAUCCUGGUGGAGUUCCUCUGCCUGAUGUUUUGAGCAAUCACAAAUUGCUCCAGGCAGGAGAUUACAAUUUCCAGGAUUUUCAAGCAGCAUUUGAAGGUGUGAGUACUACAGCCGCUCUUGAAGAUGACGGCACACGAAAUGAGAACUUGCCCAAGAACUUGUGUUUGUCACAACACCACCUUACCAGCAAGAAGAAUCGUGAAGCCAAGGUGACAUACGAUAUCGAUAGCAUUUGCUGUUUUCCCACCAGCUUAGGCUUUGCGAAACGUGGCAUACACUGGUUGCCUAAAGCUCACUCUAUCCUCAAUCUCACGGCUGAUAUUCACUUUGCCUUGAAGAUACCUACUUACAACAAUCGUGGUAUAUUAAUAGAAAGAGCUACUCCACUUCACAAAAUCCCUCACUAUUGCUUUGGUAAUGCAAUUGGGAUGGAAUCAUUACUAAUCUUUAUCUUCUUCCCUGCCUUACACCUCGAGAGUAAUUAUCAACACACUUCCUACUUGAGUAAUGAGGACAAUGAACUCUUCUUUGAUGCCAUCGUUAGCCCCGCUCUCAAUCGGGUUAUCCAAUCCUCCAAUAUCAUACAGCAUUAUCCUGCAUCCGCUAGGAUUUCGCAAUUGGAUGCUAUGGCUAUUUCGACCGAGGGCCUGCGACGAAAAGAAUCUUCGAGGGAACAGUUGGUCAAGCACACUAUACAACCUCAAUAUCUUGAUCGACUCUGGGAUGCUAUUGUUCAAAGUAUUGAAGAUAACCCCGGCUUCCAUCGAUUUCGAGGCGCUACUCUAUUCGCUCAUUCCAAGAAUAUCAAGUUGGAAUUCAUGAAUGCUAGCCUGACGAAAGUAUAUGAUGACUGGCAUUCCAAGUGGGUUGCUACAACUGAUACUCAAUUCUACAACCCGGAUCGUACAUUUGUAGACCUUGCCAAACAGGUAACAUCUCAAGAUACUGCCUUGCCAUUUGAUCACAUUCUUACCCAUCACGAAGCCGAGGUAUUCUUGUGGAAGAAGUGUUGUCUUGAAGCGUAUGCCAAGAGUCGAGUGGUUCUUGAGGCUGACGGUAGUCCCGCGAGGGGCAAUCCCAAACGAACUGUAUACCCUUGGGCCACCAUGCGGGACACAAUAGGUCAAACUCUUUUUGCUGUCCCACAUAGUCAAGAGAAUAUGGAUGGAUUAAUCUAUUCUCAAUUUUAUGGCUUAAUCAAGACGCCUUUCGACUCAUCCAAGGUAUACGUUUUUGACAAUGAUUCGGUGGAGAAUCUGGCUCUCGACCCUGGAUACAUUCGAGCUCUUCAACAAGCCGGUGGCGGUAUUACUUUCUCUAAGGCUGUCGCUGAGUUUGGUUACCAGCACAGCAAGAAGCGGGCUCACGCGAACCUGGUAGACAAUCGUGCAAAGUCGUAUGGGAUUCGAGAAGAGCAUCGCAUCUCCCAAACCAUGAUGGAAGAGAUCUACCAGCAGUGGCAACAGUGGGAUCAAUACGAUGAUGAACAUAAUAUCAAUCGACCUCACCUCCCGUAUUAUAUCAUCCCUACCAAGGGUGCCCUCGAUUUCCUCGCGGCUCAGAUCAACAAAUAUUGCUUCCUCUUCGAACACAUCCUUUCCCACACCGGCAAAACAUAUUCGCUACCCGAAACCACGGUAAUGAUAACUGCACUCCGAGCUCUCCGAUUCAGCUACGGUAGCAACUUACUUCAACAAGAGUCUCUGCUGUAUAAGGAUCGCUGGGAGCAUAUGCGUGAUUCGAGAUUGAUUGUCAAAGAAGGAUUGGGGAUGCAGGAUACGAUGGAGCGGUGUGGCUUAGGAUGGUUCCUGCCGAAGUUCAAUUGGGCCACUUGUCGUCUUGCACCACCACAUGGAGAUAAUAUCCUCGUUGGGAGUGCUCUAGUGCAUAAGGAGUAUAAGAGAAGGUGGCGUGCAGUCAAGGAUCUUCGAGAUGUCUAUAUACGCUUCAAUCAGGCGGCGUCGUGGUACGAUCGAUACAAUAUGAGUCGCAACAGUGUGUUAUACCAUAAGUGGUUGAAUUAUCUGUUCGCUUUGAAUCUUGAGCAAUUCAAUACCGAUAUCUGGAAGGAAAUGCUCAAAUCCCACAAACACUCUCCGGAAUUAUCACCCCUUGCCUUCCAAUCGCAAGGAAAUCUUCGAUUUUGUUACACAGGUAUGAAACGAUUGUUCCAAGUCGAUGGGGUUGUGACACCUCCUCACUUCGUAACGGGAAACAAGAUGCGUUACAAUAAAGUUAAUGAACUGCUUGAUUUCUUGUUCUCGUGGGGAGAUAAUAAAGAACGUCGUGGUUGGACUCACAAGCCAUAUCGGAUCAUUUUACAAAGAACUUUUGAACUAAUCGAGCGACGACGCCCAGGAGAUGGGGAAGCAGAGUCUUGGUUGAAAGAGUUUUUGUAUCUCGUACGACUGACGCAUUGGGUCCUCCCUUACCCAACGCAUUUAAAUCUUAUUGCAUCAACGAAGACGAAUCAUCAUGCAGGUCUCAAGAGACGAAUGAUGUGGUUCUCAUCCGUUUAUGCUAACCCUGAAAAAGUCGAGCUUCCUCUUAGGGUUCAUCCGCAGACCCUUCACGAUAUCCUAUGGCGUGCAUCACGGGUGAAAUUUGGGUCUGAUAGAGAUAAUCUAUGGGAAGCUAAUGAUCUUAUCUUGGCAUGCGAUAGACAAGGGAUAGAUUUGUAUGAAUCAAAGAAAUCUUCUCAGUUUUGGGUGGUAGGGAAGCAUAGUAUUGGAUCGAAGGGUUAUGUACCGAGGUGGGAGAGGGGGGCGCCACCAAGAUUGAAGAUGAUGGAGGAUAUUCAUCAAAAAAGCUUGGAUGAAUUAGAGGAAUUGAUGGCUGCUCUUAGGGUUAAGUAUGCUCAUUGCGAUAUUCGAGAUGAUGAAGGUGACAAUAGUUUUGAUGAUGAUUCUGAAUUGGAUAUUGAUGAUGAUGAUAAUGAUAAUGAUAAUGAAAUAGCUACAUUUCUUUGUAAAUAUGAUGGUGAUAGGGCUAGAAAUAGCACUGGCAGUGUCUUUACACCAUCAAGUAGUGUAUUAUAGAAUAGUGUUGAAAAAUCCACCUUUGAAAUCAUCAAUAUAUUUAUGGGAAUAAGGGUUUUUAAGA